GAAGAUGCUCUGAUGGCUCAAGGGUCCGGGACGUGCGCAGCAUGUUCCGAGUGGCCUGCAGCCCCGAGUUUGAUCUCAAUGGCAUGCAAGCGGGCGUGAGGCACGCCAGGAGCAACCUCGCCGCAGCGAGCAUGGAGAUCGGAGAGCCCUUUGCAAAGCCGUACCGGGAGCUGAGCGAGUGGCAGCGGAGGGCAGAAGACGCGUGGAGGAUGGCCAACUUCAAGGCCGGCGAUUUGCCCAUCUAUCACUUGGAUCAGUUGUCCGACAGCCUGCGCCAGGAGCUGCGCACCUUCAUGGACGUUUUCGCCAUCCGCUUGGAAUCCCGCGAGGCGGCCCUGGCGGACGCGGCGCGUUCGCUGGUGAAGUCCAGCGAGGCGGCAGUGGCAGAUUUGCACAAGCGGUUCGAGGCAUACUUGGAGAAGGAGGGCCAACGCUUGGCAGAGCGCGCUUGUGAGAAGGCGGUGGCCGAGAAGUGCGGGCGCUGGCAAGAGGAGCUGCAGGCGCAGCGGAGAAUGAUGCAAGACCUGUCUGGCGACCUGAAGAUGCGCUUCCUGGAGGUAGAGAGCCAGCUGCAGAACAGGCUGACCGAGAUUGCCCGUCCGCGUGGCGUCGAGCCCGAUCGAGCCCCCCCGUCACCGGAGCGGUUCUCCUCCCAGCUGCAAGGCCUCAGCAAGGAGUGCAAAAGCCUGGAGCAGCGCCUGCAGCAGGUCUUCUCCCGGCUGGCCACAUGUGAGAAGAGCUGCCAACAGGCUCUCGCCCAGGCCAGACAGCCGGUCGAGAGCCCGCAGGAGGCGGUGCACCAGCAGCUGGCACGGCAGCAGCGGGAGCUCUCGCAGUCUUUGACGGCCCUCGCUGGGAAGAGCGUGUCUCCCGAGCGCGUGGCAGCGCUGGAGGCACAGCUCAGGAUCCUCGAGUGGAAGCUCGACGCGAAAACCGUGCGGAAGGGCAAGGACCUCUGGCCGCGAACAGGAGGUGAGAAGCCGGCGAGGAGGGAGCCGGCGACUUAUAUCACAGGCCGGCGCCUGCCAACCUACGACCUGCCCGAGGGCCUCCACGUCUUCGACCUCGCCUGGGGUUCCGCCGAGCGCGCCAAAGCGGACUCGUCGCCCGAGAGGAGACUGGCGAGCACAGCUGCUGGCUCUCCGGCUGGCGAGAGCCCUUGGUCCUGAGUGAGACGUGAGCUGUCGCCCGACCUUGCGCUUAGACUGAGAAGUGCCGGCUUUUGCUGUCUUCUGGUUUGCUUGCCCAAUGGCAGUGAGCCUGCCGGCCCAGCUCUGAGUUCUUCUCGCGGCGUGCUGGUUUCACAAAGCGAGGCUUUGGAAUGGGGUUUGGGCGAACGUGGAAGUAUCGUUUGCAGCGCUGCUCAACUUGAAUGCGUGCACAUAUAGGUGUCCUUGUUGGUUGUUUUGGUGGAAAAAUAGAUGGCCCUGGCUUGCCUGCUGGUUUAAUCAUCCACCAGGGCCAUCUAUUUCCCCUAUAAGGACACCUAUGUGCGUGCAAUAGAAAGUUUGGUGCAAGGAACCUUCCUUGGCCCCCGCCAGGAAGGCUCUCAGAACCUUUCCAAGAGGACCCAAGGUUUGUCCGCAAGGACGGGCAAGCCUUGUCAGUCCAGCGCCCGUUUGGCGUUGAAACCGGUCUUCUCGUAGUAACCCCCA